ACGCACAUUAUUCUUUUGUUAUUGUUGUUUCUCAGCUGUAAGGAAAAUUAACUCUAUUGGUAAAAGGAGAUCCAAUUUUGAAUGGGACACCCUUAAACUGUCAGAAUGGUUUGGCAACACUCCAAUAUAUUUGACAUCAUUCUCAAACAAAGUUACAAUGGUAGACGUCGGAAAUCAAAAACAGAUUCAGUGUCAAGAUAGAAGGCGUGGACGUAGCAUGGACAGAGCAAUAUUUCUGUUAGUUCUCCAAGGAAACUGUGGAUUAUAUCGCAAAGUAAAACAGUGAAAAUACAGAGCUGACUGACGGUCAUAGGCAUGAUGAUGGCCUCUUGGGAAGAGAAUUUGGGUCAGCCCAAUCGUUCUGUGUUGGGUAUGGAGGGGGCAUCACACUUGUCCAGCUCCCUCUUCAAUCUCAGCAGCAGUUAUGGGGGUCCAGGAGCUUUUCUCUGGCUGUUUCCAUCAGAGAACGUCACAUUCUCCACCACAAGGUCCACAAUGCAGCCUAUAGAACCUCCGCGAAUGCGGGACCAGGCCUUGGCCCAGGCAGAGAUUGGGGUGCUGGGACUGGUGCUUGCCCUCACAGCUCUGGGUAACGGCUUUGUGCUGUGGGUACUGCUGCGUAGGAAGAAACAUAACGCACCUAUGCAUCUCUUCAUGGUCAAUCUGUGUGUGGCUGACCUGGUAGUGGCCUUCUUUCAGGUGUUGCCACAGUUGGUGUGGGACAUUACCGAGCGCUUUCAGGGCCCUGAUGCACUUUGUCGCUCAGUCAAAUAUUUGCAAGUUGUCGGAAUGUUUGCGUCCUCCUACAUGAUCGUUGCUAUGACUGUGGAUCGUCAUUAUGCCAUCUGCUGCCCCUUGCAGGCAUAUCGAGGGAGCACACCCUCUCAUUGGAACACCCCCAUCAUGGUUGCAUGGGUCCUAGCCCUUGUGCUCAGUUUACCACAGGUUUUUAUUUUCUCACGAUCAGAGGUAGCCCCUGGGGAGUAUGAAUGCUGGGGCCACUUUGCUGAGCCAUGGGGCCUUAAAGCAUAUGUCACCUGGAUGACUGUGGCUGUGUUUAUACUGCCAGCCUUAAUCAUCACUGUCUGUCAGAUUCGCAUCUUCAGAGAGAUCCAUGACAACAUCUACCUGAAGUCAGAGCGGGUGGUGACAGCAGAAUUUAAGAGGAACUCUGUCUUCUUCAAAUUUCCUCAACGGGAUAGAUGCAGUAGGGGAAUGGGCAGAGAGAGUGGACACAACCACCGUGAUGACAACAGUCUCAGCCAAGCUCUCUGCAGCCCCUCUCAUCCCUCUUCCUCUCCUGCAGACCUCCAAAGCUUAUAUAAUGACUUCUCUCAGACUUUGCCUUGCAGGACCUCUAUGUGCGAGCCCUGCUUUAGACCACUUCCAUCUUCGGAAAGCCUUUCCCCAUCCAUCACACCUCACUUGCAAAACACCACUCCAGUCAACACCCCCAGCUAUCGCUCUGACUCCUCCCACUCUCAAUUAAUGUCUGAAAAUAGUGUGUGUGCAAGAGCUAGUGCCACCUUUUCAUUGGCUGGACAAUCAAACCAUUCUGGAGCUUCGGAGCUGUGGCCAGAUGCGCUUCCAGAUGCUGCAAACUUUCCCCUACCCACUGAGCACUCGCACCCGCCACCUUUCCCAGGUGUGAGUAAGGCCAUGUCUAAGACGGUGAGGAUGACUCUUGUCAUUGUGCUGGUCUACACCAUCUGCUGGUCUCCUUUCUUUAUUGUUCAAUUAUGGGCAGCCUGGGACCCCAACCCACCAGACCAAGGAGCAGUUUUCACUAUUCUGAUGCUAUUGGCCAGUUUAAACUCCUGCACCAACCCAUGGAUUUACACUGCAUUCUCCAGCAGUGUGUCCAGAGAACUGGUCACCCUGCUAGGCUGCCACACCGGGUCACCACGCCGAGGUUCCCUACCGGAUGAUUCCAUCACCACUCCCACAUCCACCACAGCCAAGGACUCUAUUAAUUGACCUUUUCCCAGAAUCCACCAUACAUAUAGAACACAGCUAAAGGCCAAUGCAGCUCCAUCGACUGACGUGUUGGCUAGACUACACAUAUGGUAAUGUCCAUGCAUGUCCUAGUGUGCAGACUCAAGUUCAAAGACAAUAAAUUCAAAGUUUUUACCACAUUCAGGUACAUCAAUGGCAAUUACACAGUCUGACGCUAAUAUGUCAACAAUGAUGCUACACUGUUAAAAAAACACUCAGUUACUAAGACAACAUCACAGUGCCAAGACCAGUGGAUUUUACUUAUAGCUGUCCAUUUAGUUUAGUCUGUCACAUGAAAUCAUGAAGUAGCCAUACUAUAUCUGUCAGAAUCAUACUGAGGAAGACCUCUAUUCUUCAACAUGAUUCUUUCAUGUCUCUCAGUGUUCUCAAAGAUUAGCAUGACAGGAUUAUAUCAGAUUUUACAGUACUAAGUAUAUGCGGAAAACAUGAAUGGGAACAGAAAAAAAAAGCAUGUGAACAAUUCAUGAAGAAUGGACAAGUAGUCAUCUGGCUACAUUUUGGAUAGCUGCAGAAGACCGGUGGCAAGAUUCUGCACAUCAGAAUGUCAAAUUUGAGGAAUGGAUCGGCCAUUGUGCUAUGAGUGUGUGAAUACAAUAGUGGCAGCUUAGUUAUAGGGGGUACACAUUCUAGACUGACAGAGAAUUAUACACAAACCAGGAGGACAGACAUCUGUGUUUUCCUGGUACACAGAUCAAAUACAUAGUGUGUAGAAUACACUGUGAAUUGGAUUGAAUUGGAGGUAUUUGAAUAUUGGCUAUUAGGUCAAAUCAUUAGAAGUCCUGGCAGUUUAAAAAGAACGAUUGUACAGUGGGCAGAAAUCUCCAUUUAAUUACAAUGUUACACAAUUGGACUUUGAUGUAAAAGCUGAGUGGAUGUCAUUAAAUCCCAUCAACAGUGUUUUCAAAUGUCAUUUUUGUGGUUCAAGUACCACAAUAGAGAGCAAGGAUUUUGUGAAGAAGCUGCUGAUUGUGUUUGACAUUUCAGAAUACCCAAUACUAGGUGCAUAUUCUGACAGUAAAGUGAAAAGAUAUCCUUGUAAAAAUCUUUACAAACCAGGUGAUUUAAAUUUUGGGUGCAUUUUCUGUCUUUAGGUGAGAAAUAUCUUUCCACAGAA